ACCAAAGGACUGGAGAUGUUCAGGCCCAAGCCUGGCCCAGACAAGAGAUAAUGUCCAAGAUGGAUGCAAUGGCCCAUGGUGUUGAGGCUCCAAGGACCAAGAUCGUCAGCCCAAAACAGACUGUCAUUUGAAAUUCAAAUACUUCUUCGACCGUUAAUUCGGCCCUCCACAACCCUCAUCAUCUCCGGAGAGAAGCUUUUAACCCCACCAGAGGGAGAGACCCCAACGUCUUCUUCUUUAGAGAAGAGCACAGAGACCUCCAAACGCUGCUGCUAUGGCCUCCUGUGAUCUCAAACCAGGUAAAGGAGAUGAAGCUCCCCGAGAAGAAGGCUCCGAGGAGGAUGAAGAGUUGUCGGACUUCUACGCGACGGAUGAUUCUGAUGAAGACCCGACGUUUGACAUCGUCGAAGAAACACGGUCAGCUCUUUCGACGAUUUCGCUCGAGAAAUCCAAGUCCCGGGAUCUUAAAAAGGAAAUUGAGAUGGGAAAUGAAGAUUGGGGGGAGCCAGCGGAGGUCGAGAUUCCAGAGCUCAAUGAGAAGGAUGGGAAAUGUUUUGAGAUGGUUGAAAAGCUUAUCAAAGAUGGCCAGUUGGAGAAACUAAAAGUUGAUCAGUGCAAGGUGUAUUUGAGGAAGUAUGGGCUAAGAUUGACAGGCAACAAAGAUGUUUUAUUGGAACGCAUCAGAGAGCAUCUUGAGGUCAAAGAUGGUGGUGGGGAGAAGAAGUACCCUAUUUCUAGCUUUGUCUUGAACUGCAAAGGCGAUGCAUGCACAGGUGAUGUGGUGCUGUUCGAGCAAAAUGUUUAUGAAAUGUUCAGUAUUGCUUCUAGGAGUGCCACGGGUCCUUCAAGUGGUACAAGGCUGAUUGCUGGCCGGAUAGUGAAGGAAAGUUAUGGUGCAGCCAAGCAACAACAUACAUUUACAAUUGAGGUGCUAUGGAGCAAAGGUGAAAAACCAUUGCCUCCCCUUUAUCCCCUCCUCAUCAAGGGAAGGAACCUCUACCGGCUUAAGACAAUGAGGCAGAGAUGGGCUGAUGAAGAGCAAAGGAAGAAAGUUCGGAAAGAGAAGCAUGCGAGAGGUUCUAUUGCACGAUGUGCAAGGGAGGACAGGAUCGAGCAAAAGGAAGUGAGGAAAAUAAACAGAAUAAUUAGGAUGAAGGAGAACAAGCGCAAAAACAUACCAGCAGAACAGAGAAAUCAACAUCAACUGAAUCCACUCCAAACAGAUCAUCAACUAAAAAACAUUCAGCCCUUGCAGCAGUCUCAGCAUCACCUUGAUGCAUUUAAAUCAAAGGUUCUUAAACAAAUGCACUUUCAGAAUGAUAGUCGAAUCAAAUCUGACAAGAUAACAACUGCUAAAAAUCAUGACAAAUUUUUGCCUCAAAAAGAAACUUAUGACAACUGUUAUCAAGUUCCAAAACCAGCAAUUAGUAAGUUUCAGUCUAGCAGCACUGAUCCAGUUCUCAAGCCUUGGAAUUUUCAGUUUCCUCUGUCUUAUGAUCCACCACAGUUUUAUGAAAAACACCACCAGCAUCAUCAACAACCUUGCGCAACUGCCCAUUAUCAGGCUUACAGAUAUCAUCAACCACCUUGCCCAAGUGCACACUACUCUUAUAGUCAGCCAUCAGCAUCGUUGCAUUCUUGUGAGUGGAGUCCACAAAAACAAUCGUCAUGCUCAAAUUCUGUCAAAGUAAGCUCACCAUGACAGCUGUUGGCGCUGUCAAAUUAUUUCAAUAGAUGUCCACCACAACAGCAAUCGGUAUGCUCAAAUUAUUUCAACAGAAGUCCGCCACGGCAACAAUCAGCAUGCGCACCAUCAACUCGCUUGAGUUCUUUCCAGAGUCCACCACGACAUCAUCGUCCCAUACAGCAACGACAACUUUGCCGCUUCUAUUGCCAAGGGAGGUGCUACUUUGGAGAUAACUGCAAGUAUGCGCAUGACUAAGAGAAUGAAUUCAGUUCUGAUAUCCAGCAACUUUGCUGAAGUUUACAUGAUAUUCAGCAACUUUUGGUUUGUCGCUUUUGUUGCUUCAAUGAGUUUUGAAGCUGGAUGCUGUCAAUAAAUUUGAGUCCACCAAGAAUUCUGUUGAGAUGAAAACAAUUUUGUAUCUUAGUGAAAUUAUUUUGGUGGAAAUAUACUACUUGGUCUACCUGCAUACCAUGAAAGGCAAAUGAUGAAGCAAUGUUAUCAUGGGCAUAUUACUAGAUUAGAAGCAGCUCAAGUGAAAUUUCCUCUGUGAAUUUAGUCAUAAUCAAAUUCAAGCAGUUUAAGUCAUGGAGCAGAACUAGCAAGAUUUUGCCAGAUGAAUGAGGGUAUAUGACCAUGAAGAAGAUGGGAGAUGAUCUAAGUUCCCUUUUUUUGAGAAAAUUUUGGGAAUAGCCAACCCUCAAUUUUCCUUCUUAGCAAAAAAAGAUUCUUACUCUUGUUAAUUUGUCAUGGAGA